AUGGCAGUGUGUGAAAGGUUUGGAGAAGGAGAUCCAGAGGAGGCCAUAGAGGAAUUCAACAAACUGAUGCAAACUGGGAGUGUAUCUGAGUACCUGGAGAGGUUCAAGCAGCUGAAAUCCAUAGUAAUGGUAACUCUCCCUGGCCAACCUGAUUCUUAUUACAAAUCAUGUUUUCUUAGUGGCUUAAAAGAAGAGAUAGUGAACAUGGUUAGGAUGACCAGACCCCUUACUUUAGCAGACACCAUUGAAACUGCUAAACUGCAGGAGAAGAACUUGGAAGCCCUUAGAAAGAGCCAAGGAAAAAUGAUUGGACCAGUUCAAAAGGAACCUUUUGGGGUAGGGGAACCCUUAGAAGAAUCAGGGAAAGACACAGAGGAGUUCUGUGACUGUCCAGAAGGGGAAUUAAGUAAUGAGAACAUAGAAGUGUCCAUUCAUGCAUUGGCAGGAGGGACUGAGCAUAAGACACUUAAGCUUAAGGGUAGGAUAGCAGGAGUGGAGAUCUUAAUUCUGGUAGAUAGUGGGAGUACUCACUGUUUUAUUGAUGAAAGAUUGGCAGAAACCAUACAACUACCAACUAUUGGAAAUCCAUUAACAGUCAGGGUUGCCAAUGGUGAACAAUUAGAGUCCAGGCAGUUGCAGGGAGCUGUACAGUGGGAAAUGCAGGGUAAUCAAUUCACACACCAAUUCAAUACCUUGAAACUGGGAAGCUGUCAUAUGGUUCUGGGGGUAGAUUGGCUAGCCAGGUAUAGCCCUAUUGAGUUUGAUUUCAGGCAGCUCUCCAUGAGGUUCCUACAAGGAGGACAACCAGUAGAGUUGAAGGGGGAAGUCAGCAAACUCAAGCUCAAGGCCAUCAAGGGGAGUAAAUUAGCAAAAUGGAGGAAAAAACAGACAUAUGGAAUAUCUGCCCAGCUGUGUGUGAUGGAGGAAGGGGAGGAGGACACUGAAGUAAUACCAGCAGAAAUGAGGAGUUUGCUGGACCAAUUUAAAGGAGUGUUUGCUGAACCUCAAGGCAUGCCCCCUAGAAGGAGCCACGACCACAGCAUUCCACUGAAGCAAGGAGCUAUCCCAUUCCAGGUCAGGCCAUACAGGUGCCCAUAUGUACAAAAAACAGAAAUAGAGAGGUUGGUGAAAGAAAUGUUACAAAUGGGGAUCAUCCAACCCAGUAAUAGUCAUUUUGCAUCCCCAGUGUUACUAGUCAAGAAAAAAGAUGGUAGCUGGAGGUUCUGUGUAGAUUACAGACAACUGAAUGAACUCACCAUGAAGGACAAAUUUCCUAUGCCCCUAAUAGAUGAGCUUCUGGAUGAACUGCAUGGCUCAAAAUACUUCACCAAAAUUGACUUGAGGGCUGGUUAUCAUCAGAUCAGGGUCAAGGUGGAGGACAUACACAAGACAGCUUUUAGAACUCACCAAGGCCUUUAUGAAUUCAAGGUUAUGCCUUUUGGGCUAACAAAUGCUCCAACAACAUUCCAGAGCCUUAUGAACCACAUUUUCAGGGAUCAACUGAGGAGGUAUGUCUUGGUCUUCUUUGAUGACAUACUAAUCUACAGCCCCUCCCUGGAAAUACACCUGCAGCAGGUAGCAGAAGUGUUGAAUCUAUUGCAGGAACACCAACUUUAUGCCAAGAAAAGUAAAUGCUCUUUCGCACAAACAGAGGUGGAGUACCUUGGCCACAUUAUCUCAGGACAAGGAGUAAGGGCAGAUCCCAAGAAGGUGGAAGGAAUGAUGAAUUGGCCCACACCAACUUCUGUCAAGGAGCUCAAAGGAUUCCUUGGACUGACAGGAUAUUACAGAAGAUUUGUAAAAGGGUAUGGGGCUACUGCAAAACCUCUCACCAUAUUACUAAAGAAGGAUGGGUUCCACUGGAAUGAAGCAGCAGAUGAGGCUUUUCAGAAACUCAAAUUGGCAAUGUGCAGCACUCCUGUACUAGCCCUGCCAGAUUUCACUAAGCAAUUUGUGGUAGAAACAGAUGCAUGCUAUGGAGGAAUUGGAGCAAAAUGGCUCACCAAAUUGCUGGGACUCAGCUAUGAGAUUCAAUACAGGAAAGGGAAGGAAAAUAUAGCAGCAGAUGCUCUAUCCAGGAGGGCAGGUGGACAGGAAGGAGAUUGCACUGAACUAACCUGUGUCCUACCCGAAUGGAUGAAGGAAGUAAUAGGGAGCUACCAAGGAGAUGAGGAGGUGCAGAACAUGAUCAGGCAGAUAGUACGUACACCUGGAAAUCCACCAGAACAUUCUUACCAGGAUGGAAUACUCAGAUACAAAGGCAGGAUAGUAGUUGGCUCAGCAGGGGAAAUAAGGAAGAAAAUUAUUGCUACACUACAUGAGUCUCAGCUAGGAGGACAUUCAGGAGUGCAGUCCAGCUAA